AUGAUUCCAAUAUUACCAUUUCUAUAUUUGGGAAAUAGGAAUGAUAUAGAUCAUGUUGAAAAUCUUAAAAAGAAUAACAUUCUAGCAUUGGUAAUAUGUUGCACGUAUUUCGAGUACCCUGAACAUAAAGUCCCAAAUGGGUUUACCACCUUACGAAUUGAUUUGGAAGACAUAGGACUGGAACAAAUAUCUUCCCAUUUUCAGAAAUCUAACAAUUUUAUUCAUUCGUAUGUUAAGAAGGAACAAGGGGUUCUCAUUUCAUGCUGCCAAGGAAUAAGCAGAUCGUCCACGAUAUCCAUAGCAUAUUUGAUGGAAAAGCAGAAUUUUUCUCUUAUUGAAGCAUUCAAUUUUAUAAUGAAGAAGAAAAAUAUUUGCCCAAACAUAGGAUUCAUAGAACAAUUGUGUGAAUAUGAAAAAGCUUUAAAAAACAAAGUUACCUUUUCAUCUAAAAAGUACAUAAACUGGUUUACCUCAGGGAUGUGUGAGAACAACGUAGUGACAGAUUUCAGUGUAGAAUGUAAAGAGAACACUAUGUAG